GCCGACACGUAGUUCAACAUAGAUGGACAACUGCAUGUGAGCAACUGAAUUCAAUCCUGUUUUCAAUUUGCAACAAUUUCUUUAAAGCUCUGAAUUUGAGAAGUUGCCGUAUUUGCUUGUACUGAUGCGUCAGAAUGGAUGAUGGCGCGGUUUCUCGCGACAUAAACUUUGAUCCGCGUGAGUUUGUAACAAUAAAGCCACUUCCAAGUCCCAGGCCCUCGGGAGAAAAGUUACAAGCGCGGAGCAAGACCGUAUAUGUCACCUGCCAUGACAAACAGGUGUUUUGGGAGAACUACCGCCGCAGACAGCGACAGCUGAACCGCCAGGGCUACUGGGCAGCGCCCUGGAGAUCCUACGAGGAAGUUGGAGAACCUUUGUAUUUGGAACCCAAACAACUGAUCCUUUCUUCGCUGGGACAGCUUGACGAGGCACUCCAAGAGACGCCCGUGUCAUCUAAGACGGGGCCUGUGAGCUCCUCCGCCAACCUCGUCUCCACAAAUGCAUUGAUGAGCUCGUCAUUUCAUGUCCCACAGACCCGAAGUAGAGAAGAUAUUGUCAACCUUAAGCAACACCUGGCACAAACAAGGAGACUCCUGCGGGCAGUCAGACAGGGCAGAGGCUACUUUCAGCUGCUGGAGAAGGAGGCGCAGGAGGCCAAGGGGCAGGAGACGCAGGGAGCCCCAGGACCUCAACCCCCCGGCCUGUCCUCGGACAGCGACACAGACUCAGAGAGCCCUGUGUCGUCUGGUCUCAGCUGGCCUCAGUCUCAGACAUCCAGCAGAGGGAGAUGCAGGACCCAAUCAGCACGCCCCUUCACCCCCAUACACCGCUCACUCAUGGCCCCGCAGCUGCACCAGGUCCCACCGGAGUCUGUGUUUCGCCAGCUGUGCUGUCUGAACUGGCUUCUGGAGGCCCUGACGCUGGGGCGCAUGGGCCGAGCUGCACCAGUCUCAUCCUGCUGGGACCCUAAGGAUCCAGGGGAAAGUAAGGCUGCCAUCAAGGCCCUGACCAAGGAGAAAGCCAUCCAGGCCAAGUGGGAGCAGUUCAUCAGUGUGCCAAAGACUCCACGCAGGCUCCCCAGCAGGCCAUCUCGCGCCUCCUCUGGCCGCUCUUACCUGCAGAAAGCGCCCAGCCAGAGUCGGACCUCCUCCUCCCUGGCCAUCACUCCCACCCUGGGCAGCCUGACGUGUCUGGCCCCUGGGGCGGAUGGGGCAGGAGGAUUUGCAGUGACCAGUGAGGAGACAGACCAGCAGAGUGUUGCAGGGUCCGACGCCGAACCCCCAGUCUCAGAGUACCUGCAGAAGCUUCUGGAAGAGGUUUACCAGAGUGUUGCCAAAGAUCUCUAUGGCCCGGGGACAAAGACUGUUGGAGACUUUGUUUGGAAAAGCAAACUAAAAUCAGCGUCUGCAAACAAUAUCACCUCUGGUAGACAAGAUCCUACUGUGGGGUUCAAGAGGGAGACUCCACGACCAAAGAGUUGCCCCGCCGGACAGCUCUCGGCCACCACGCGGUUUAUCAACAGGAAAUCCUCCAGGUUGGACGAGCUGAGGACUUCCUUUGAGGAGCGUGCAGAGGAGCUGGCCCAGACUUUCAGCGACUGUCUGGAGGCCAAGUCCAAAAAGCGCUGGGAUUCAGGGCUUCAGCGUUUGCAAGCACUCUGUAAGAGGAUGUCCUCUUUGGGUGGCGACAUCCAUCACCACAUUUCCCUGAGCAAACAUGAGGUGGAUCCAGACAAACCCUAUAGCACUCAGUGGCUGCUGGUGCUGUUGCGUAAUCUCGCUGCGGCGGCCGAGCGAAACAGGAAGUUGGCGCGGGUGCUAGAGAAGCUGCAGCGCUUUGCCGAUGAGCGCCGUCUCAGGGUGCGUCCCCAGGUCUUCCUCAAAGUCUUGGGCACCCUGCAGCCGUGGGAGCUGUGCCUGCCGGACCUGUGUGUGGCCAUAGAGGUGGUGCGGGAGCAUGCGGUGAAGAUGAGCAGGGAGGACUAUGACGCCUGGCUACUCAGAAGGACAUCUGGGCCCCGGGAGGCCAAGAGCACAGCUAAUAUCUCAUGAUCACACACACACACACUCACUCACUCACUCACACACACACACAAACAUACAAGGUACAUACAUACACCCACCCACAAAGUAUAUAGACACACACAAAUGCACACAUGCACACAAAUGGAUAGAUAUAACAGAUAGAGCCUUCCAUCUGUGAAAACUUUGUCUGUUGCACAUGAAAGCUUACAAUACGAUACGGACAAAACAAAUCAACGUCUGAAAUGGACGUAUCCAUUUCCGUACAAACAAACAGGAAACUUAAAUGAGGCACACACACACCCUGAUUUGACAUUGCAGGGCUUGUUGGGCCUAUUGUGUGUCUCCCAGGUGCUAUUGUGUGUGUCUGAGUGCUGAGUGACACACAGGUAUCUCUCCCCUUGACUAAGUUACUGAGAAACAGGUGUCCCCGCUCUAACUGUAUUCUCUGGAAGAGACCUGGACCUGUUCUGGUCCCUGAACUGAUCCUAGGUCAGCAUAUCUAUCCAACAUAGAAUUACUACAGCACCAGGGACAUUAUAUAGACAAAUUAACAAAAGUUACAUUUCUCAAAUUUAAACUGAACCUUAAAAUGAAACAUAUUCCCUGGGGAUAUCCACAGGCAGGCAGGAGGUAGAUAUUCAGCUGGAUUAGUUUGCAUGACAAGCUUUGAGGAUCAUCCUCUGACCUCUCCUUCGGCCACAUUUAUUUUCACUACACUGAAAACUCUACUCUGUCUGUUGCUAGGCAGAUUACACAGCAGCAGACUUGAACAUUGAAACUGUUGAAACUCAGUCAUACAGACAUUGAUAAAGAACUAGUUGUGAUGUUGAAUCUGUUUCGUGAUGGAGACGUAUUUAAUCACACCAAAGACUAUUGUAGUCACUAGUGAUGGAAAGGAAAAUAUGCAGCCUAUGGUAUGACGCAAUCAUGCCCACACAAUGCAUUUGUAUUGUGUUUUUAAAACAGUCCAAAACGUUUCGCAUGUCUAGAUCAGACUGCAAAAUAGGGGUCAUUAGCAGUGUACGCACAUGUGCACCUUUGUCUGCGUUUUGUUUUCAUCAUCACACUUGGGCUGCCUCAGCAGAUUUGGACUUUCUUGCAGCACUAGCUAGUAGGUGUCUUAUCCCCGAUGAUAAGCCAUCCUGGAGACGGGAGAGACGGGAGAGAGGGGAGGGGGUGGGGCGGGGGCUGCAGACUUCUGGAACCGUUGGGGUCAAAAGGCGGCCUGAUACCCAGCCUGGAUAAGUCGUUUAACCUGAUGAUGGGGGUGGCGGUGGAAAACAAAGGGGUUCCGGGUGGUUCUGCUGGGUGGAGUCUAUAAAUACCUUGAAUUCCUCUUUGUCUCUGGCAGAAGCUUGUGUGAAAUGUCUCAGAUCCCUGUCCUAAAAUUCAAUUUGUUCAGGGUAAGAAAAAUAAAUAUAUCAAAACUU